AGUUGGAGCAUCGCCAACAGGACCGCACUUUCCAGGAAGGGCCGACUUUGCCUGAAGGAGGUUGAACCGUCGAACCGGAACCACGAACACAGGCCCCUACGCAGCACGAAGGACUGACGGGAACAUCGCCACGGGGCACCCUGCUGUCCGCCCUCCCCUGCCCCCCUUCUUGUCGGCUCGAAAGUCUACUUUGGUUCCCGCCCCUUUCCUCUUGCGCUUUCGAAUCCCUUCCCCCUCCGCCAUUUCCGGAUGGGAACCCUUUGUAAAUUUCUUUCACGUUGAAGCGUGGGACCAAUUUCGUCAACACAAUCCGGAGUGGUUAACAUGGCGGCGACCGUAAGAUGCUUCGGUAGAGUCUUGAUACAUCAUCAAAGGUGUAGUCUUGCCACGGUGACUUCUCAGACGUCUCUUUAUCCUUGUUCCAUAUACGUUCCAGUGCACAACAGACAUUUUGCAGCCGCUGCGAAGCCUGCAAAGAAAACAAAAAAAGGUACUAAAGAAAAAGCAUCAAAUGAGAAAAAAGAUGAUAUAGAAAAAAUAAAGUCAUAUCCUUUUAUGGAAGGUGAACCUGAAGACGAUGUCUACCUAAAACGCUUAUACCCAAGGCAGAUAUACGAGGUGGAGAAAGCUGUUAACUUACUUAAGAAAUUCCAAGUUUUGGACUUUACGAAUCCAAAGCAAGGUGUUUAUCUUGAUUUGACACUGGAUAUGACACUGGGGAAGAAGAAAAAAGUGGAGCCAUUUGCCAGCGUUCUUAGUUUGCCAUACCCAUUCAUUUCAGAAAUGAGUAAAGUUGCCGUAUUUACAGGGAAUGCAUCAGAAAUUAAAAUAGCAGAAGAAAAUGGAGCUGCAUUUGCAGGAGGAACUAAUCUCAUUCAGAAGAUUUUGGACGAUGAAAUUCAAGCAGAUUUUUAUGUAGCUGUUCCAGAAAUAAUGCCCGAGCUUAAUCCAUUAAGGAAGAAACUGAAAACAAGAUUUCCUAAGUUUAAUCGAAAUUCCGUUGGCCGGGACAUCCCCAAAAUGCUUGAAUUAUUUAAAACUGGACUUGAAAUUAAGGUAGAUGAAGAAAGGGAGAACUUUCUGGAGACCAAAAUAGCAACAGCCCUUGGCUGUGCGUCUUCUUUCUCAGGGAUGACAACAUUGUAAUAUGAAACACAAGCAGAAAACCAAAUACAAAUUUUAAGAUCAUAUUCUGGAGCUGUAGAGACAUAGCUUGACUACCUGUUCUGCUACUUAAAGGAUGGCAGGUUUCGGACAAAUUUCUUUCCUGUUUUUCAAUUGUUUUUAAUCGAAGUGUGGUUGAUAUAUAAUAUUAUUUGUUAUAACAAUAUUUAUUGUUAUUAAUUAUUUUUUAAUCGAAGUGUGGUUGAUUAUAAUAUUAUGUGAGUCCAAUAUAGUGACUCACAUAUUUUAGAGGUUAUACUCCAUUUAUAUUUUUAUAAAAUAUUGUCUAUAUUUCCCAUGUUGUACAAUAUAUCCUUGUAGCUUAUUUUAUACAUAGUAGUUUAUAUCUCUUUAACCCCUUACUCCUAUAUUGCCCCUCCUAAACAAGUUUCUUAAUUUUGUUAUAUCUCAAACUUCCUCAUCUAUAAAAUUUAUACAGUAAUAUCUAUUUCAUAGUAUGGUUUUGAAGAUUAAAAACUUUAGAAUGGUAUCUAUCAACUAUUGUUACUCUUUUGGUUGGACUUUUUGGGUCUGUAAAGUAUCUUUAUAAGACUCUUUGUUCCUAGUUUUAUCUUUUUCUUAAGUAAUGUUUUCAGUAUAUUGAAUAGUUAAUAAUUUAUGUAUAUAUCCUGACUCAGUGUAUAAUAAACCAUGGCAUGUCAUUCAUUCUUUUUAACAAAUAUCACAGUGAUUGAGACAUGGGCUUCAGACCAGACUUACCUGGGUUUUUUAGAGAUAUAAUGCUUUUUUUUAAUGAAAAAUAAAUUAAUCUGUGCUUAAA